AUGAGUUUUUUAACAUUUAUAACGGGCUCGACAAGAUCAUGGCAACCGGCUUUAACAGUCGACACAACAAAUGCAUCCUAUUGGCUGAAUUGGAGAGUUUUGUUAUGCUCGAUAUGGAUUCUAAUGUCGAUGGUUUUCGCAUCAUUGCUAAUAUCGAAACACGAGUAUCGUCAAAGUUCGAACGAAAACCAGCAAGAAGAAGAACCGGCUGGAGUUUUGUACGAGGAUGAAGUUUGGAGACCUUGUCUGAAAAGCAUUAAUCCCGUUUGGCUGCUCGGUUAUCGAGUUUUCGCGUUCGUCGUGCUUUCUUUGAUGCUUAUUUUGAAUGUGGUUGUUGAUGGAGGGGCCAUUUUUUACUUCUAUACACAGUAUUCAACUGUGGCGUUGAUGCACAUACCGUGCUAUGGAAUUUUUUUACUAAUAAUGAAGGCAAAGCAUUUUUUGCUGUCAAAAUGGUUCCCUCAGUCUUAUAGGUUUGUACAGUAA